AUGGAUGCACAAGAAGAAUCUCCAUCUACCUCCAUCUACCUCCAUCUACCUCUAUCUACAUCCAUCUACCUCCAUCUACCUCCAUUUACCUCCAUCUACCUCCAUCUACAUCCAUCUACCUCCAUCUACAUCCAUCUACCUCCAUCUACCUCCAUCUACAUCCAUCUACCUCCAUCUACAUCCAUCUACCUCCAUCUACCUCCAUCUACAUCCAUCUACCUCCAUUUACCUCCAUCUACCUCCAUUUACAUCCAUCUACCUCCAUCAACCUCCACCGCCCCCCUCCCUGAUCAUAUCACUGUCACAUCAGGGUUUUCUCCUGGUGCUCAGUUUGGAGUGGAGCCGCAGCUGCAGGUGAUGGUGCACAGACAGCUCGUACAUGGCAUGGAGUGGUUUCACAGUGAGACCCAGAAGCACCGGGUGGUCUCAGCGGGAGCGGGCAGCAGCAGCCACGCGCCCGGUGGAGGGCUCAGCCUCCGCGCGCUGACCGGCUGCGUGCUGUGCGUCCUGAUCGUGUCCACGCUGCUCGGGAACACUCUGGUGUGCGCCGCGGUCAUCAAAUUCCGCCACCUUCGCUCCAAAGUCACCAACUCCUUCGUUAUCUCCUUGGCGGUGUCCGACCUGUUCGUGGCCGUGCUGGUGAUGCCUUGGCGCGCGGUGUCCGAAGUCGCCGGAAUCUGGCUCUUCGGCCGCUUCUGCAACACCUGGGUCGCCUUCGACAUCAUGUGCUCCACCGCGUCCAUCCUGAACCUGUGCAUCAUCAGCAUGGACCGCUACUGGGCCAUAUCCAGCCCCUUCAGGUACGAGCGCAAAAUGACGCGCAGGUUCGCCUUCCUGAUGAUCGGUGUCGCGUGGACCCUCUCCAUCCUCAUCUCCUUCAUCCCCGUGCAGCUCAACUGGCACCGCGCGGACAACUCCACGGCGGACAACCCGGACGACUGCAACGCCAGCCUGAACCGGACUUACGCCAUCUCCUCGUCCCUCAUCAGCUUCUACAUCCCCGUGGUGAUCAUGGUGGGCACGUACACGCGCAUUUUCCGCAUCGCGCAAACCCAAAUCAGGCGGAUUUCGUCCUUGGAGAGGGCGGCGGGGCCUCGAACGCAAAACCACCGUCACCGUGCGUCAACGCACGACGAAAGCUCGCUGAAAACGUCUUUUAAGAGAGAAACGAAAGUUUUAAAGACUCUCUCCAUCAUCAUGGGGGUGUUUGUGUUCUGCUGGCUGCCGUUCUUCGUCCUGAACUGUGUGGUGCCUUUCUGUGACCUGGAUAAACUCGGAGAGCCGCCGUGCGUCAGCGACACCACCUUCAGCAUCUUCGUGUGGUUCGGCUGGGCGAACUCGUCCCUGAACCCGGUCAUUUACGCCUUCAACGCCGACUUUAGGAAGGCCUUCUCCACCAUCCUGGGCUGUAAUAAAUACUGCUCCAGCUCCGCGGUGGAGGCGGUGGACUUCAGCAACGAGCUGGUGUCUUACCACCACGACACCACCAUGCAGAAGGAGGCCGGCGGCGCCAUGCCGGGCCCCGGGGCGCAGAGGCUCAUGCCGCCGCACGAAGAUGCCGGAGACCUGGAGCAACACUUUGACAAAGUUUCUGUCAUUUCAGAUGAUUCCCGCAAACACAGAAACUUACUCCUGCCCGCCAUCCUGCAGUACGAGUGCGACGCGGAGAUCUCUUUAGACAUGCUGCCCUUCAACUCCUCCGGACCCGCAGACUGUGGCGUUAUACCGGGACAAAUCCAGGACCUGUGA